AUGAUCUCCAACGACCAGCUCUACCAGUUCGCCAUCUUCCUCGGUUCCUGUGCCAUGCUCCUCAUCAUCCUCUACCACUUUCUCGAAAUCAACGCCAAAGACUCCCCCAACACUACCUCUGCCUCCGAAGAGCCUUCGGUUAAAGUCACACAAGGCGCGACCCCGGCCGAAAGUUCUGCCACUGUAGCUGGUGGAGGAGCUGCUAGUAGGAAAGGAUAG